CUUUUACUUGUAAUUGAGUAUUUUUUCACCAAUGUCACAGUACUUGUACUUAAGUACAAAUUUUCAGUACUCUUUCCACCACUGCCCCCCUCUAAUUCGCAUCCUGCAUAUUGCCUAAACAAACAGAUCUUGCAGGGAUUACGUUACAUGCAGCACUGUUCAGAUAAGCAUAUUACAAGCGCAGCAAAAAAAAGAUGUAUCCAACACGUGUUCAUCUCUCCCCCACCUCCCAUCUCCACCACCACCCUCUCGGAGAAGUUUCUCUUAUUUGUCUGGGCUGGAGAUGGUUGGAGAGCAGCAGGCGCAGAGUGCGCAGGAACCGAGAACAGUGAGAAGACGAACUGAAUCAGAUAACAAAGCUUGCCAGCUGCGAAGAACAGCAGAGGCGGUGAGUUAAAACUUGGACAGGAUCCUUAGGGCGUCUUCCAACUACCAUCUUAUCAAAUUGGUGCGAUACACCUGGGGAAACAGGAGGAGUUGAUGAAGGUAGAGGAGGAGGAGGGUGCCAACGCACAAGUGCUAGACUGCGCCAAGCCAAUCUGAGAUUACAAAUUACUCGCAUCCAUUUUUCUCCACAUUUUACUGAGUGAGUCUUUUUUUAGAUAUGCGGAUUUGGAGAAUACAAGGAGAUCUGUAUCGCUCCAUCCCAAGAGCAGCGCGCUGCUAUUGACAAACUCCUGCGGUAAGCCCUAAAAAUAACUUUUUUGGAAUCAUCCGCCCAGAAAUGCGGGAGACUGGUCUAUCUGAAGUGUAAAAAAAACACACGAAAGCAGUUCGUCAAGAACAAGCUCUCAAAGCAUUCUCGCAGCCUAUCAUCUGGGACAACUUUAACCGUGAAGGAUGUCAGCGUUGCGGAAAAAAUUUGGGGAUGAUUAUCAAGUGGUGACCACUUCGUCCAGCGGCGGUGCGUUCAACCAGGCGGCCCCCGAGAAGAAAAAGAAACGUCAGCGCUUUGUGGACAAGAACGGCCGCUGUAACGUCCAGCACGGGAACCUGGGAGGAGAGACCAGCCGGUACCUGUCGGACCUGUUCACCACGCUCGUGGACCUCAAAUGGCGCUGGAAUCUAUUCAUCUUCAUCCUUACCUACACGGUGGCGUGGCUCUUCAUGGCUUCUAUGUGGUGGGUCAUUGCCUUUAUACGUGGAGACCUGAAUCAGGUCCACGAUGACAAGUACACACCGUGCGUGGCCAACGUCCACAACUUUCCCUCCGCUUUUCUGUUCUUCAUCGAAACUGAGGCCACUAUCGGAUACGGUUACCGCUACAUUACAGACAAGUGUCCAGAAGGUAUCAUUCUCUUCCUCUUCCAGUCGAUCCUAGGCUCUAUAGUGGACGCUUUUCUGAUCGGUUGCAUGUUCAUCAAGAUGUCCCAGCCGAAGAAACGCGCAGAGACGCUGAUGUUCAGCGAGCACGCGGCUAUUUCCAUGCGUGACGGCAAACUGACCCUGAUGUUCCGAGUGGGGAACCUGCGGAACAGCCACAUGGUCUCCGCGCAAAUACGCUGCAAACUACUCAAAUCCCGCCAGACUCCUGAAGGUGAGUUUUUGCCUCUGGAUCAACUGGAGCUGGAUGUUGGUUUCAGUACUGGAGCCGACCAGCUUUUCUUAGUGUCCCCUCUGACGAUCUGCCAUGUGAUCGACUCCAAGAGCCCAUUCUAUGACCUCUCGCUCAGGUCCAUGCAAACAGAGCAAUUUGAGAUUGUGGUUAUCUUAGAGGGGAUCGUGGAGACCACCGGUAUGACAUGCCAAGCUCGUACUUCGUACACGGAGGACGAGGUUCUGUGGGGUCACCGAUUCUUCCCGGUAAUUUCCCUGGAGGAGGGUUUCUUCAAAGUCGACUAUUCGCAGUUUCAUGGCACUUUUGAGGUUCCCACACCUCCGCACAGCGUUAAAGAACAAGAGGAGAGUUUGCUCCUGUCAUCACCUCUGACAGCGCCCUCUCUGUGCCACAGCACAGGUGGGGUGACGGAGGGCAGCGGAACUCUUGAAGGUCUGGAACUUCAGAGCGAUGCAGAAACUGGCUCCAUCAAUAUAGCAACCCCCAUGCCAACUACCAAAAUGCCUGCCAAACUUCAGAAGCUUACGGGCCGGGAGGCCCCCAUUCGGGACGGAAUGCCCCGCAAGCUUCUGCGCAUGAGUUCAGAGAUAUCCUACAACCUGGGUGACCUGCCCUUCAAACUCCAGCGAAUCAGCUCAGCUCCAGGCGUGGCAGAAGAGAGGCUUCAGCCAAUCAGUGCUGUGCUGAGCCCCAAUGAGGACAGACUGGCUACCAAGCUGGGCUUGGUGGGCGGGGCUGAACCCAUCAGCCAAUCGGUGACAGAUCUGCCACCCAAACUGCAAAGGUUGGCAGGAGGGGUCGGGGUGGGUGGAGUCGGAAUCGGAGGACGAAUGGAUGGUCAUCUGCCUCCCAAACUGAGAAAAAUGCAUUCAGAGAGGUUCACAGGCUUGAGUUUAAAAUGAACUGACUUCUAUAUGUAUACAUGUUUUGGCCAUUUACCUCCUCUGAAAUUGAAAUUAAAUAAAAGGGAAAAUUUAUAGCAAUUUAUAUAUGGAUAAAAUAUUAGAUUAAUGCUAAUCCUCUGCACAAUCUGGCAUGUUUUACCACAAACCGCAUGAAA